UGCUGCUUACACAAACUGAAUGGAGAGUUUCAAAUACCUUCAUGUCCUGACCCUUCUCCUUUUCACCAACCUUCUCCAACCUAGCACUGUUGUAAGUUCAUUCGGCAAUGACACCGAUCACUUGGCUAUGCUGAAAUUCAAAGAUUGCAUAGGCACCGAUCCACAUGAGUUGUUGAACUCAUGGAAUGACUCCGUUCACUUCUGCAAAUGGCAAGGAAUUACUUGUGGCAGACGGCAUCAAAGAGUAACAGCGUUGAACCUAGCUACCAAACGCUGAUUUGCAUGGGACCAUAUCACCUUACAUUGGCAAUUAACCUCUCCUUUCUCAGGACCUUCAACCUUCUAAACAACAGAUUCUCUGGCAAAAUUCCGAAACAAGUUGAUCGUUUGUUCCGACUGCGUCAUCUCGAUCUAACUCUCAACAUGUUGGAGGGGGAAAUUCCAGUCAAUCUGACUUUCUGCAUGGAUUUAAGCUUCAUCAGCAUUGGAUUAAACCACCUUACCGGCAAAAUUCCUUCAGAGAUUGGCUCAUUUAGGAAGCUUGAGUAUCUCAUUCUAGAGAAAAACAAUCUGACGGGACCCAUCCCACCUUCCAUGGGGAAUCUUUCUUCACUCAAAGGAUUUUCCUUCAAUGAGAACAAUUUGGUGGGCACUGUUCCAGAGGAGAUGGGCCGAUUGAGGAGCUUAUCUGUUUUGGCUAUUGGUCCGAAUCAACUCUCUGGUAUGAUCCCUCCUUCCAUUUUUAACAUAUCAUCUAUGACCAGCAUCACAAUUACUCUAAAUGCGUUUAGGGGCAUUAUUCCACCUGCAAUAGGCCUAAACAUGCCUAAUCUCCUAGAAAUAGGCAUUGCUGGAAAUGAGUUCUCCGGGCCAAUCCCAGCUUCUUUAUCAAAUGCUUCUCAGCUUCAAUUAAUUGAUAUUGCGGAAAAUAACUUUGCUGGCCAACUUCCCACAAGUCUUGGAUAUCUUCAAAAUCUCUGGCGGCUCACCAUGUAUAAUUGUAAUCUAGGAAGUGAUUCGUCUAAUGAUUUGGAAAUCAUAUCAUCGUUGACAAAUUGCAGUAAUCUGAAACUUGUUGAUAUGAGUUAUAACAAUUUUGGAGGUGUUUUGCCUAAAUCCAUAGCCAAUUUGUCAACCCAAUUGACUCACCUCUGCGUGGGAGUAAAUCCCAUAUCAGGAAUGAUUCCUGAAACGUUACCGAAUCUCAACAACUUAAUAUUCUUAGCCAUGGAUGGUAGCCUAUUCACAGGUGUAAUCCCUGCUUCUCUUGGUAAAUUCCAAAAGCUGCAAUCAUUGAAUUUAAGAGGUAAUAGAUUAUCAGGACAGAUCCCAUCUUCUCUCGGCAACCUCACUCAAUUGUACGGAAUCGACUUAUCAGCAAAUAAAUUACAAGGAAGGAUUCCUCCAAGUAUUGGAAAUUGCCUAUAUUUGCAGCUGAUGGCUAUGUCAGAGAAUAUACCAUCACAGGUGAUUAGUCUGUAUUCCUCUAUCUGGCUCAACUUAUCGCAAAACUUGCUAACUGGCAUUCUACCUGUAGAAGUGGGUAAGCUGAAGAAUAUCAAUACACUGGACAUCUCUGGAAACAAUCUGACCGGAGAAAUACCAGAAACAAUUGGGAAAUGUCAGAGCCUUGAAUAUCUUUACCUACAAGGGAAUCUCUUCCACGGUAUGGUACCUUCUUCUUUGGCUUCUCUGAGAGGUCUUCAGUAUCUAGAUCUUUCACGAAGCAACUUGUCAGGACAAAUUCCAAAAGAUCUACGGAGACUUACAUUCUUGAUAUAUUUGAACCUUUCGUUCAAUAAUCUGGAGGGUGAGGUACCGAAAGAAGGAGUUUUUCGAAACAUGAGUGCAAUAUCACUGGAUGGAAAUACCAAACUUUGUGGUGGUGUUUCAGAAUUGCAGCUACCAGCAUGCCCCAUCAAUGUACCAAAGCAGAGAAAGUCACAUGGUUUCAAACUAAAGUUCACAAUUUCUUUAGCCGCGGGAUGCUAGCUCUCUUCUGUUUGCGGUCAUCUUAGCACUUCAUUGGAGGAGAAAAACUCAAAAGAAGAAACCAUUAUCUGUAGUCUCAUCCAUCAGCUUUCUUUCAAAGGUUUCAUACCAGACACUUCAUCAAGCUACUGGCGGAUUCUCUCCAAGCAAUCAAAUUGGAUCAGGAGGUUUUGGCUCUGUAUACAAAGGGAUUCUUGAUCAAGAAGAAAACAAUGUUGUU